AUGGCGACGCCUGAGAAGAAGCUGUUUCCUCAGAGGCAGGGCCACCGGCAGUACCGGUCCGCCCUGAAGAAGGAGAAAAGGAGGAAACGCCGGCAGGAGCUCGCUCGGUUGAGGGACUCAGAACUCCCACAGGAGGAGGAGGAAGCCAUUAUCGACGAAUACCAACUAGAAGAGGAGAAGCUGUUGGAGACAGAGAGGAAGAAGCUGCAUGAGGAGUGGUUGCAGAGGGACCGAAAGGCACAAGAAGAAUUCCGACUUAAGAAAGAAAAGGAGGAGGCAGCCAGAAAACGGCAGGAAGAGCUAGAGAGGAGGUUAAAGGAAGAAUGGGAAGAACAGCAGAGGAAAGAAAAAGAGCGGAAACUGCAGGAGGAGAAAGAGGAAGCUGUGCAGAAGACGUUGAGCCGAACUGGAAACGAGUUGGGAAACGGCUCAUGGCAAAACCCAGAGCCACCCUUGGACUUAAGAAUAAUGGAGAGAGACCCCACGUAUUGUCCAUUCUACAGUAAAACCGGAGCGUGCCGAUUUGGAGACAGGUGUUCACGGAGGCAUAAUUUCCCGACCUCGAGCCCCACUCUUCUUAUAAAGAGCAUGUUCAGCACGUUUGGAAUGGAGCAGUGCCGAAUGGGGGACUACGACCCUGAUGCUGGCCUGGAGUACAGCGAGGAGGAGACCUACCAGCAGUUCCUGGACUUCUAUGACGACGUGCUCCCCGAAUUCCAGAAAGUGGGUCGAGUGGUGCAGUUCAAGGUCAGCUGCAACGCUGACCCUCAUCUUCGGGGCAACGUGUACGUCCAGUAUGAGUCCGAAAAAGACAGCCGCGCAGCCCUGGCCCUGUUCAAUGGGCGCUGGUACGCGGGCCGGCAGCUUCGGUGUGAGUUCUGCCCCGUGACCCGCUGGCACGUGGCGAUUUGUGGUCGUUUUGAAAGCCAGCAGUGCUCGAGAGGAGCACACUGCAACUUUCUUCACGUGUUCAGAAACCCCAAGAAUGAGUUUUGGGAAGCUGACAGAGACCUGCAUCUGCCGUCAGAUCGGCCUGGCUCAUUUCUGGACAGGAGAGAGAGAACGAGCCACCAUGGUGAUUACUAUGGCAGGCCGAGGAGACGAAGGCCUAGUUCAGACCACUCCCGCAGAAGAAAUGGGGGAUCUGAGAGGAGGAGAAGCCGUUACCGCCCAGAAAGGCGGCCUCACAAGGAUGUGGCCGGCAGUCGGGAAAGGCAGAGCUCCAGAAGCAGAGGAAGAAAAAGGGACCGUAGUCCGGGCCCCCGGAGCAGAAGACCCCGAGGCCGGCGCAGCCACAGCCCCCGGAGCCCUGGGAGGCGGCGAGGCCAAAGCCGCGGACGCAGAUCCAGAUCCUCCAGGUCCAGGAGCCUUGGCAUGAGGAGGUCGGACAGUCCAGACUGA